UCCGAGGCGACGUGGCCUGCACGGCGGAGCGACAUACCGCGUCCUCUCCAAUUCUCUCUCGGUGCGCUCUCUUCUCUCUCUGUCUGUCUUUUCCUCUUCUCUUUCCUUCCUUCUCUAUUCCGCAGCCUGUCUGUCCCUCUCUCUUUCGCUCCCCUACUGUUCCUGUGCGCCUCUUCUCUCGUCAUCUCGCUGCCGCCUCCGUCCUUGCGCCUGACUCUAUUUCUCCUCUCCUUCUUAUCUCCUGUCCUCAUCUAUCGCGUACGCUUUUCCUUGUCGCUCCAGCACCUGGCUCGCGACUCCGCUCCGGAUACUCGGCGACUUCGUCAACGCGCGGCGAUAUAUAUACAUAUAUACAUACGUACGUUCUUCGGGACGGAGGAAUUCGCAGUGCCACGUUUCGAAGCGCCCCCGGUCGUCGCCGUGUGUCGCGCGUGUGUCCAGGAGUUAGUGAACUGUGCGCCGGAGAGCAAGCGCUCGAUCCUUUUCAGCCUGGUGUUGUUCGGUCGUUAUUCGCGGGUGUCAGUGACAUUAUUCUAGUCUAAUAGGUUUUCCAUCGUGUUGUCACUGACAGGAGUACACGUGACGAGCCGGGAGUUUUUCGAGAAUUCACAAAGUGCCAUACCGUACACGAGGUCGGAAAGAUAUAAAGCGACGUUCGCAUUUGCAUACCGCGCGGCAGGUUGGAAUCCGAAGGUAAGAGAAUCCUUGGCCGAUUCUCCGAACGAUCGACGGAACGGUUUGAGAAUUCGAUCGCGUUCCAAGUCCGAACCUGGUGCACGUUGUGUGUAAACAGCAACCAGAUAAUCGGCGGGCAUCCCGAGACUCGAUGCAUCGAGCAUUCUAAACCGCUCUGACCGCCAACGAUAUACGGUAGAAAAACGAGAAUUUAUUCAACGAACGAUUGAUUCGAAAACUAGAAGCUCCUCCGACUCGAGGCGAAUCUCGAGAAAAAGAGAGAGAGACGAUAAACCUGCAAAAAUGUAAAAAUAUUUAUUCACACGAUUUUUAUUAUACGAGUCAGUAAUACGAACAGUGAAUCGAGGUAUAUCUCAAGGUGCGAUUUUUACAAACAGAUAAAAUUUCGAACGCGAAAAUUCACAAAGUGUCGGAACUUUGUUUCGGGCGGGAGGAACAGAGUGUGCCGGUUCGUGAAUGUUCAUGGUGUCAUGAUACAGUUCGCGUAGCCGGGCAUGAACGUUGAAACCUGCACCCUCUACUUCGCUGGGACGGCCCGGGGCCCGGAGAAGGACAGGAUGUCGACCCAGGCAUACUACAAGGAGCGGCUCGGUUUCGAUCCGGCCGACACCGUAGCCGAGCAUCAGCGCGAGCAGCGCUCUCAGCACGGUUACGAGGAGUCGCUCUCCAAGUUCAAAGACGAACGAGAUGCUAUACAGAAAAAGACCUUCACGAAAUGGGUGAACAAGCAUUUGAAAAAGCAUUGGAAAUACGUCAAGACUUACACGUGCUUACACGUGUGCGUCCUUGUGAACAACCAACCAUGCUGUUCCCCCACCGCGAGCAGACAUGUCGGCGAUCUAUUCGAAGAUCUACGCGACGGUCACAAUCUCAUCUCCCUGUUGGAAGUGCUUUCCGGCGAGCAUCUUCCGCGAGAGAGAGGCCGAAUGCGUUUCCACAUGCUGCAAAACGUGCAAAUGGCCCUCGACUUUCUACGGUACAAGAAGAUCAAGCUGGUGAACAUCCGAGCGGAAGAUAUCGUGGACGGUAACCCGAAGCUCACGCUGGGCCUGAUAUGGACCAUCAUCCUGCACUUCCAGAGAUGGCGACGCAAGAUAUCCGAUAUAGUAGUCGGUCAGGAACCGAACGUGACAGCGCGCGAGGCUCUCCUGAGAUGGGCCCGACGAUCGACCGCCCGAUAUCCUGGCGUCCGAGUGACCGACUUUACUGGUUCCUGGCGGGAUGGUUUGGCUUUCAGUGCUCUUCUCCACCGGAAUCGGCCGGAUCUCGUCGAUUGGAGAAAUGCACGUUCGAGCCAGCCGCGCGAGCGACUCGAUCGGGUCUUUUACGUCGCCGAGCGCGAGUACGGCGUUACCAGGCUUCUCGAUCCAGAAGAUGUUGAUACCCCCGAACCAGACGAGAAGUCCUUGAUAACGUACAUCUCUUCGCUCUACGACGUGUUCCCGGAGCCGCCGGCCAUUCACCCUCUAUACGAUGCCGAGGCACAAAGACGAUCCGCGGAAUAUCGCGAACUCGCGACCUCGCUUCACAUGUGGAUCCGCGAGAAGAUGGCUCUCAUGCAGGAGCGAUCCUUCCCACCGACUCUGAUUGAGAUGAAAAAACUAGCAGCUGACAGUACCAAGUUUAAGAACGAGGAGGUUCCACCGCGAUACAGGGACAAACAGCGGUUGACGUACAUCUUCAGAGAUCUGCAAAAGUACUUCGAAGCGGUGGGUGAGGUGGAUAUGGAACCGGAAUUGCAUAUUGAAGUCAUAGAGAAGAAUUGGAAUCGUCUGAUAAUGCUACAUCAGGAACGCGAGCAAUCUAUUAUCGACGAAAUUAAACGACUUGAGCGUCUGCAACGACUUGCCGAGAAAGUGCAUCGCGAGAUGAAAACGACCGACAAUAGACUGGAGGAGCUCGAACGACGCGUGGAAGAUGAGGCUCGCAAGCUCGAUCGUCUUCAUCCUUUAGAGGCGAAACACGCAGUGGACUUGCUGGAGCAGGAUAUACGCAGCACGGAAACCCAGAUACAGAAUAUAUUCACCGAUGUUCACACCCUUACGGAGGGUAGAUACAGUCAGGCGCCUGAGCUUCAUAAAAGAGUGCAGAAAUUGCAUCAAAGAUGGGUCGUACUACGAUCACUCUUGCACAGACGUCUAGUGCAACCACUCUCCGCGGUGUCCUUCCCCGUUGAAGAGCGCGUUGUCACAAAACAUCGCACUACAGUGCACGAAACACGAUUAGUUGAUACCAAUCCUCAUUUCCGUGCGUUACACGAUUGCAUAGAUUGGUGUAAGAACAAACUGAAGCAUCUGCAAGAAGCGGACUAUGGAUCGGAUUUGCCUAGCGUGCAAAAUGAAUUAGACGUACAUCAGAGAGAGCACAAAAACAUCGAUCAGUUCCAGGCCAAGGUCGACAAGUGCGUACAAGCGAAGAACAAUUUCCACGGUGAAGAGCUCACGUUGUACAGCCAGCAUCUCAGCACUCUGCAGAAGCUUUACGCCGAGCUUCUUGCCAUAUCGAAUAAAAGACUCUCUGAUUUGGACACCUUAAACGAUUUCAUACAAUCGGCGACUGGUGAACUGGUUUGGUUGAACGCUAAAGAGGAAACUGAAGUCACGCGUGACUGGAGCGACAAAAACCUUAAUGUACAGAGUAUUGAACAAUAUUACGAGCAAACGUAUGGAUCAGGCAUAGAGUCUUUGAUGAGCGAUUUGGAGAAGCGCGAGAUACAAUUUUCUGCAGUGCAAGAUCGCGGUGAGGCAUUAAUUCUUCAGCAUCAUCCCGCGGCGAAAACUAUCGAAGCCUACAUGUCAGCGAUGCAAACUCAAUGGGCCUGGCUGCUACAACUCACUCUGUGUCUCGAGGUGCAUUUGAGACACGCCGCACAAAACCAGCAAUUCUUUAAAGACAUUCAACAGACCGAGCAGCUGAUCUCCAAACACGACGAAACAUUGAAUACCAUUUACUCGCAAUCUGAUUUCUCGUUGGAUGAGGGAGAACGGCUUUUGAAGGGCAUGCAAGAGUUGCGCGAGGAACUCAAUAAUUGUCAUAUUCACGUGCAGAGACUUGUGGAGAGAGCAAAGGAUAUCGUUCCAAUGAAGCAACGCAAGCAACCUGUUGUACGACCGUUACAGGUCACUUGCAUCUGUAAUUACAAGCAAGUCAAUAUGUCCAUCGAUAAAGGAGAGCAAUGCACAUUAUACGACAAUUCUGGCAGAGUUAAGUGGCGCGUCAAAAACACGCAGGGUGUAGAAUCUCCUGUACCGGGUGUCUGCUUUGCGUUACAACCUCCUGAUAAGGAAGCAUUGGAUGCCGCGGAAAGAUUGAGACGGCAAUAUGACAGAAGUAUCGCUCUCUGGCAACGAAAAGAAUUGAGACUAAGACAAAACAUGAUAUUUGCGACUAUCAAAGUGGUCAAAGGUUGGGACUUGCCGCAGUUUUUGGCAAUGGGACAAGAUCAACGCACUGUUAUCAGAAACGCGUUGAACGAGGACGCAAAUAAAUUGCUUUCCGAGGGAGAUCCAGCGGAUCCACAGCUUAGAAGAUUGAAACGAGAAAUGGCGGAUGUUAACCGACUUUUCGAUGAUUUCGAGAAACGCGCCAGGGCCGAGGAAGAAUCGAAGAACGCCGGGCGCAUUUUCAAUGAACAGGCGUCUUCACUUCAGCAGGCACUCGACGAAGCUGAAAGAAUAUUGAAUUCGCGCAUAGCCGCGCCUUUACCUCGAGAUAUCGAUAGUCUAGAAUAUCUUGUGCUACAACAUAAAGAUUUUGAACAGAAUUUACAACGCUUAGCGCCAGACGUGGAAGAGAUACAGCAGACGUUCCGCGGAAUUACUUUGAAGACUCCGGCUAUGAGGAACAAGCUCGAUAACAUCACGACCAAAUGGAAACAUCUGUGGAAUCUACAUAACUUGUACAUUGAACGUUUGAAAUGCGUCGAAAUUGUUUUAUCCAGUCUCGAGGAAAAUACGACAGUUAUCUCCGAGUUUGAAAUCAAAUUAGCCUCUUUUGGCGAAUUACCUGCGGACGUCAAGGGUCUUCAAAUCGUAUUAGAGGAUCUUAUGGUUUUGCAGAACGCUAUCGCGCAUCAGCAAGUAUCGGUAGAUCAACUAAACGAAGAUGCGCAUAAUGCUAGACGUCUCGUGGAGAAGUCGAGACCGAAUCACCGCGGUCCACAUGGCGACAUGGACAGACUUGAUGCUGAAGUUAACAAAUUGAACGCGCGAUGGACAAACGUCUGCGGACAGUUAGUCGAUAGGCUGAGAAGCGCCGAAACGGCUUAUGGAUUGGCACAACAAUAUCAAAAUUCGUAUCAGAACGAGGUGGACUUUGUCGACGAGUCGUACGUAAAGCUCGAGGUGGAGAACACGAAGAAUCUGCUGGGCAAUGUACUGGAUCGCACGCUGGCAAUCGAGGCAGUGAACAUGACUGGCGGCAGACUGAUUCGCGAAGGAAAGAUCUACGGACAGAGGCUCCGAGCGUUCAAAGAACAAUUGGAAGAUAUCUGCCCGUCGUUGGACGCCUCGGUGAAGAGGCCGCGAAGAGAUUCCGUUAUUACGGUCGAUAAUGUUGCGCGCGAUCUAGAUACGCUGAACCGAAGAUAUACGACCCUUGUGAACCUGCUCGAGGAACGGAUUAAGCAAUUGGCGCUGCUACAUCCUGAAGACAUUUCCUUACAGCGUGUUCUUCAAGAACAGAGGCCACUGCGAACGUUCCGUACAGAGUUCAACAUAUAUGAAAGUACUACUAGCGAGGAGCGUUAUACAUCCACAACCACACACUACACUCAGUCGCAAUACACCUCCGAGAGACAUGAGUCCACCGAGACGACAUUUUCGAGCGAAACCUCGAAGCGAAUUUACAGCGCAGAACAGACUCCGUAUCGACCUAAUGGCGAGACCACCAGUCCGGAGGUCGUUUCACCCAUCGGUGGUAGCUCGAAACGCUCGUACGAGAGCGAGACGACGAGCUCCUCCAAUAGACGACAUCAUCAGCAGCAAGAGUUCUCAUCCGUCGUGGACAGCGGCGGGUUUAGUAGCGAGCUUAGGGAUCUUAGGAGGGUACCGCGUGUCGAUGAUGGGGGUGUUGUCGGCGCGGAGAACGUGAUUGACGUUAGGGGUAUCGUAGAUCCGAGCAGCGGCGAGGUCCUGACAGUCGGCGAAGCGAUUCGACUCAGAAUCCUCGACGUUAGGAACGGUAGGAUCGUGACGUCGAGCGACGGCAGGACGAGCGUGUCGAUCGAGGAGGCCGCGCGCGACGGUAUCAUCGACAUCGCUCUGGCUGAUCGGCUGUUAGGUCCAUGCGGGGUCAAGUCCGAGGAGGGCCGUCGGGUGUCCCUACUCGAGGCGAUCCAGCGGGAGCUCUGCGACGCCGAGCGGGCGGACAUCGCGGACCGAGUUAAGGUAACGACAGUGGGCGCCGAAAGCGGCGCCGUCGCGGGGAUUAGCGUUGUCGAUGCGAUGAAGCAAGGUUUGUUGGACCCGGCCACGGGAGAAGUCGUCGCCGAGAAUGGCGAACGGAUCUCGAUCGAGGAGGCGUACUCGCGCGGUUACCUUACCAAGGUUGACGUGACUGUUAGGGUGAGCCGUAACGCCAUCGCGCUUUCGGACGCGAUAUCUCAGGGUCUCGUGGACGAUCGAUCCGGCCGCAUUAUCGACAGGAUUACCGGUGAGUCCCAUCUGUUGGACGAGGCGAUCGACAAAGGUAUUAUCGAGCCGAAGGUGAGAGAGAUCGUGGACACGCGGAACGAUACCAAGGUGACGGUGGCUGAAGCCACGACACGCGGUAUACUGAACUCCAAGAGCGGCAAAUACAUGCAUGGUUUAUCGAUGGAGAAGCUGCCGUUUAAGGAAGCUCGUCGUCGGCAGUUGAUUGUUAAGCCGAUGACGCUCAAAGAUUGUUGCGACUUGGAAAUCAUUGACGAUAAGGGUAAGAUCGUCAGUCCGGCUCAUCGCAGUAAAUUAACGAUACUAGAGGCCAUAUCUCGAGGCGUUUUAGACUCGGAGAAUAUUAAAUCUAUAGUAGAUACUCGAACGGGUGAAAUGAUCACGCUCGCGGAUGCCUUAGCCAAUGGUAUAAUUAAAGUCGAAGGUACAUAUCGGGAUAUGUUAAAGGCCGAAGAACUGUCUAUUCCUCAAGCCGUUGAGAAAGGUUUGAUUACGUCCGUAACGCAAAAAACUAUCUUUGACAUCGACGGUUUCAAGGAUCCGGUUUCUGGCGAAUAUAUUAGUCUGAACGCGGCUUUGCUGAAGGGCUUGAUUAGUUCAAAAUCCGGUGGUACUUUUACGAUCGAUCUGAAAACUGGGAAGACCGUUUCGUUGAGUGAAGCGGAAGAACAAGGAUACAUUAGACCGGAAGUGCUAGAGAUGCUGAAUCGUGGUAUCGGUAUCAUCGAAAAUGGAUGCGAAGUGAGUGUUUUGGAAGCCGUAUUGCUCGGCUUGCUUGAUCCAAAGUCCGGUCAAAUCCUGGAUCCGCGUAGUAAGAGAAUAGUUCCUCUGGAAGAGGCAAUUAAGCGUGGACUCAUUACUCCUGAUGGUGCCGCAUUACUCACCAGUAUGCUGAACAUUGCAGUCACCACGCAAACUGUGACGAAGACUAUUAGGAAGUACGUGACGACGUUGCAUACCGGCGAGGUCGUUACGAGAGAUUACAAAAUGAGUUAUGAAGAAGCAUUGAACAGCGGAUUGAUUGACGAAGAUAGAAAUGAAUUCAAAGAUCCUGAUUCGGGAAUAACGAUGUCCAUCGAAGAUGCUGUUGAGCAGAAUCUACUCGGUAAUGAUGCUCAAUAUAUUAGUCAUUCGUCUCGAGAACGCACUCCGGAUUCAGCACAUACGACUUUCGAGAGCACUUUAACGACAAGUAUCGAUGAUAUAUCUAAAAGAAGCGAGUCACCGCCUAGAGCAAUUGGAACGGUUACUACUAUCAUUACGAAAGAGAUAACUCCACCAGCGUCUUCCACACCGAAGAAGGAAUUAUCUUCCGUUACAAUGACGAUUUCACCAACUGAUUCUGUUCCUUCUGUGACAGAUUCACUCGCGCCAAAGACUGGAAAAACGACAUCUACGACAAUUAAUGAAGCGAUCAAAUCUCAAACAUCUGAAAUAACAUUGAAAACAAAUCUCUUUGAAGAAACACAUGUAGUAAGUCAUACAGGCACUCCUAAAUCACCUGACGAAAAAGAAGAUAUGGAAUCAAAAAUAAUUACAUCAACCACACUAACAACGCCAACUACAAGUUACAAAUCAGAGAUCACGAAAUUUAUAGAGAGUGAACGUGCUUCCACUGAUAAACGAGUGUUUGAGCUACCCGCGGAUGGUUGGACACUCGCUGAGGCUAUCGACAGGAAACUCUUUGAUCCUGCGACAGGUCUUUUUAUAAUUCCAGGCACCGACAGAUUAGUUUCCUUUGAAGAAUGCAUUAAGCUACAAAUUAUUAAUCCAAAUUCUGGUUUUGUUAUCGAUCCCAAUAAUGGAAGAAAAGUGUCCUUGGUUCGAAGCUUAGAAAAAAAUAUUUUAGACUCUACAGGUCACUAUAGUUAUCCGCAAAAGAUUUCCAUGAGAGAAGCGAUCGCGAACGGACUGAUUAUAUUAGAAGGUGAAUUGAAUACCGACAGUGAUAAUGCUAAUCAAAGACUUCUGCAAAUCACGAGAGUUUCGGGUCAACCUGACAAAGUAGAGUUGACGCAUAUUGGCGAUCCUUCUCAACAAACGGAAAUAAAGGUCAGCGAUGAAGUCUCCUUGCCAGAUCCGGUACAAGUAACUCAGGGAGUAAUUUACGAUCCAGGAACGGCUUUGGUGAUCUCCACAAAAACCGGCAAAUCUGAAAAUCUUCUGGCCGCAGUUUCUGAAGGAACAAUACCAUCUACCGCUGUAAUCGUCAAGGAUCCAACAACUGGUAAAGAUAUUAGCAUGGCGGAUGCUGUCAAUCGUGGCAUUCUUGACAUGAACACACGUGAAUAUAAAAUCGACGGUGGCAGGAAAAUAUCGCUGCUCGAUGCAGCGAAGUUCGGAGUAAUAGCCGUUCUUGGUGCUCCUCUUGCGGCUACCGCAGCUGCUAUAGAAGCGGUGCAAAGAACGAUGGUUAAAGAUCCAGUAACUGGCAAGAAAAUACCGAGGGAAGUCGCCAUCGAACGUGGUAUCAUUCAAAUGCAUGACAACGCAACUUCACCGAUUAUUGAAUCUGCAACUGGUACACCCGAUGGCGAACAUGAAAAAAUUAUUGCACAAGUUACAAUACACGAUAAACCUGAAAAAGUUUACGUGCCAAAGGAAGAUAGUAGUAAGAGCGCAACAUUAACUGACUCGUUCAUCAGUGACGUUCCAGAUGGCGAAAGUCUUGGUACGAAAACUAGAGCGCGAGUGACGGUCGAACCGAGAUAUCAGGUCACAAUUGGCAAAGCGAGAACUGUAUCACAGAGUCCUGAACGGGAAGCGAAGCCUAUUGUUCUUCAGAAGAUGCGGAAGAGGAUAGUCAAGGUUGAAGAGGCAUUGAAGAGUGGUCUCAUCGAUAUGGAAACGGCGGAUACUUUUGCAAAGAACAUGUGCAACGAGAAAGGAGAACCGAUUACUCUUUCGGAAGCUAUUCGCGACAAUCAAAUAAACGCUGAUCAGGGACAGAUUGUGGAUCCUCAACGGGGCGACGUGCUUACCAUCAAGCAAGCUGUCGAUCGCGGAAUUUUGGACCCGGAAAACGCACACAUAUUAGUGCCCUUGGCAAAGAGCUUGUCCGUGCAUAGCUUAUAUACGCAAGGCUUGUUAGAUCCUUUGGAAGGUAAAAUCGUUCAUCCAGAAACCGGUGCGCAUCUCACUCUCAACGAAGCUAUAGUAUGCGAAAUAGUAGAUCCUUUAUCCAACGUGAUAUUUACUGUCGACGGUCAUACAGAAACGUUGCAGUCUGCCAUCGCGAAUGAUACUAUUGAUGCAGAAAGAUCGUUGGUGAAGACGCAAAGUGGUAGUGUGAAUCUAGUCAAGGCGAUAGAAAAUAAGGUAUUCGAAUUGAGGGAACCAAUCGAAUCUUCCGAUAUACCACCGGCUGGAAUGACAUUCCCUGUCGCGUUAAAACGUGGAUUGAUAGACAUGAGCAAGAAAGAAAUUCGUCAUCCGAUUACUGGGGAACAUCUGCCACUAGAAGCCGCUAUAAAAGGAGACUUCAUCAUGGCGUUACCUUAUCCAGUGGCACCUGAUAGUAUAGAAAUAACAAAAGCUCUGGAAUCGGGACUGAUCGAUAAGGAUAACGAUAUAUUUUUCCAUCCUACUACAGGAACUCCAAUCCCCAUCGCCGAGGCUGUUGAAUCUGGUCUACUCAUUAUUAAACCGCCAGUCAGCGGUAAGAACACAAUAGCUGCUAUCACCGAAACAAUUACGUCAUAUCAUACUAUCACAACCAAGAUGGUCGAACUUUUGCCAGGUUACGCGUUGAAGAGCGCAACGGAGGUGCAAGAUAUUAACACAGGGAAUAUUAUUACUAUUACAGAAGCUCGACAAAGAGGAAUAAUUAAGGAUGAAUCGGAAAGCAAGGAGGAAUUCACAACGAAAGACAUCAAAAUGUCCUUCGAUCACGCAGUAGAAAAAGGAUUCGUGGAUAUGACGAAAGGUACUUAUACCAAUCCUUGCACCGGCACCACAAUGUCUAUCGCUAAGGCUGUCGAGGAAGGAAUUCUUGACACUUCAUCUAGCAAGAGCGAAUCUGUAUCACCUAAAAAAUCCAGUACCAGUUUGACCGUGUUAGAGGCGGUCGAGCAGAUUUACGAUGAAGAAACCGGGACGUUUAAAGAUCCCGAGACGAAUGAAUCUUACAACUUAAAGGAAGCAAUGGAAGUAGGCUUAAUCGAAUCUGAUUCCGUGCUUUAUAAUGUGAAAACCAAAGAAGCAAUUACCACUAAAGAAGCAAUCGAAAAAGGCCUACUCAAUCCUGCUACUGGAAAAAUGGAGACCUUGCGAGAUCAGAAGAAUCGUCCAAUUAACAUAGCGCAAGCUACGAAAAUGGGUCUUUUGGCAGUCAUCGCCGCACCGGUGUUGGCUGGAAAAGCAGUAGUCGACGCAAUUUCGAGUCACAAGUCUAAAGAAACAAAGCCGAGUGUACUCGCGACGGCGAAAUCAUCCGUGGCAAAGAAGGAAUCAUCUACAGAAAUUAUUUCGAAACAAAUUCAAGUUAGCCAGGGACUUUCUCGUAUUGAUUCAUUUAAAAGUGAGGCGCCUAUCUCGCAAGAAAGCAAAAAAUCAAACGCAGCAAUGACACAAGAACAUUCAUCGGCGCAGAGAGAGGAACCUUCGUAUGCGGAACAGAUCGACAUUGAAGAUAUGGAAAUAGAGGACGAUGGUAAAUUGACGACAAUCGAAGAAAUGCCUAAGCAAGUUUCUAUAAUUAUUACGAAAGAAUUAACGCCUAAUAUUCUAGCGAAAUAUGGAGUAUUUGAUCCGGUAAGAGAAAAAUUUUUGGAUCCAGAGACAGGCACUGUUACUUCCUUCAAUGAUUUGGUCUUGAAUCUGCAAGUUUUCGAUCCUGAUCGGGUGCUUGUCAAGAAUCUGUCUUCCAAGACGGACACGUAUGUGACAUUGCGUGAAGCGAUUAGCAAGCCUCUUUUAGAUCGAAAUGUCGCUUACAUGGUUGAUCCGAAGACUGGCAAGAAGAUACCGUUCUUCGAGGCUGUACGCUUGGAAUGGAUUAAACAGGAACCAGAGGACGAAGUAGAAGAAGAAACACUCGCAAAAUCGCAGCCUCUGAAUUUGCAGGAUGCUAUCGAUACUGGUAUAUGUAAUCCUAUCACGGGGACGAUUCAAGAUCCUAAAUCAGGACAAGCGUUAUCUAUGAGCGAGGCUAUCGAUAUGGGACUCAUCGAUCCUGAGUUACUUAGCGUGAGAAAUCCUAUUACUGAAGAGAUUAUGUCACUAUCCGAGGCGUUGGAAACCGAAGCUCUCGAUCUUCGCAAAGACGAAAUUAGCACAGAAAUCGACGUCGUCACGUCCGCGUUCUUGCGAGGUUUGAUCGUGCCUACUUCUCGCAAGCCGAUCUCACUGGAAGCCAUUAUCAGAAAAGGUUUUUAUGAUACCGAGAUGGGUAAAAUACAGGAUCCAUUUACUAAACAACCGAUCGAUGUUGAGGAGGGUGUUCGUAGAGGCAUUGUCGACGCUUUUAUCACCGAAAUCGAGGAUACGAAGGCCGGUUCAUCCGUUUCAUUAGAUGACGCACUGACGAUGAACCUGAUUCACAGCACAGGUCGUUUGUGCGAUACGAGAGCGGGAGAACUUCUACCAUUAGACGUAGCGCUUAACAAAGGUUUAAUUAUCACAACGCCGUUUGUGCUUUCAUUAAUUGACACAAUCGUUCAGGAGUAUUAUUCACCAAAAACUGGCCUUGUAUUAAAUCCCAUGACAGGCGAGAAUCUAACACUGAAGGAGGCAUUGGCUAUUGGCUACGUUAACGGUUCCACGACAGUAAUCAAAGAUGAUAGAAAAGACGAAGUUAUUUCCCUUAACGAGGCAGAGGAAUGUAAGGUGAUAGAUCUAGUAAGAGGAACAUUGAACUAUCCACAUUCUAUGACGUUGGACAUUGCUUUCGAGAAAGGAUACAUCUUGAGUACUGUGAAACCGUGGACGUUGCAAGAAGCUUUAGCUCUUCAAAUUUACGAUCCGAAGACUGGCAGUUUUAACAUUGACGGUAAUAAUUAUACUUUAGAAGAGAUGAUCGAGAAGAGUUUUAUUAGCAAGGACAGUCCAUCGAUUAAAGAUCCAAGAAACAACGAUAUUAUAUCUCUGGGUGACGCUAUCAAGCAUGGCUUCGUCAACGCGAAGACUGGUACAGCUAUCGAUCCGUGCACCAGUGUGCCUCUUUCGUUAACAGAUGCAUUGGAUCGCGGCUUCAUCAUGCCAGCGAAACGCAAGAUAUCCUUACCGGACGCAGUCUUCAAAGGUUUAUAUGAUCCAAAGACCGGACAAUUUACAGUACCUGACACGCAAGAGAAACUCCCUACCGAUCGCGCAAUUAAGAUGGGCGUGAUAGACACGACGACUGCGAUCGUACGAGAUCCCAACGGUGACGUGAUGACGUUUAACAAGGCUAUCAAGACCUCCGUAGUCGACCCUAAAUCUGGAACAGUCAGUCGCUCUAGAGGACCACCCGUAGACUUCCAGGAAGCGCUAGAACGCGGUCUGCUUCUUGAAACAAGAAGACCUAUGAGCUUCAGCGAGGCUAUUUCAAAGGGUAUUCUCGAUGAGAAAACCAAUAAAUUUUUAGAUCCACAGACGGGAAUUUAUUUAACAAUAUUGGAAGCUAUUCAAAAGAAUCUGAUAGACGCUGAUUCGGUUACCGUCAAAGACACUCGAUCCAGCGUCUGGAAAACGAUGACGUUGAUGGAAGCUAUACAUCAGAGUUAUGUGGAUGGCACUACUGGUUAUCUCAAGGAUGCCAGCAAAAGUAACAGGAACGUAUCUCUAAGGGACGCCUUCGAAUCCGGCCUUAUCGUUGACAGCAGAGCCGCCGUCUCUCUACAACGUACUAUUCAUCAAGGAUUGUACGACGAUAACACAGGCAAGAUCACAGAUUCCAGCACAGGAAGAAGCGUAACGUUACACGAAGCGAUGAGGAAAUGCAUCAUUAGCCCCACGUUGCCGUGUUACUGGGACAAGCGUAGCGAACGAUUGUUAUCGUUGGCAGAGACGUGUCGCGCUGGCGUGAUCGACAGACGCACCGGUAUGUUUAAAGAACCAGGCGCUAGCGGUUCAGUCUCGUUGUCAGUCGCAUUACAACUUGGUCUCAUUGUUGACAUCGAGAGUAUGGGAUUCGGUCUUUAUGAGGCAUUAUUGAUGAACAUGUACGAUGUCUCAUCGGGCAAGUUCGUGCAUCCAACCAACAAUCGCAAGCUAACAUUGGCCGAAUCGUGCCAAAUGGAUCUGAUAAAUCCGUUGAUAUCUAUCGUCAAAUGUACCAAAUCUAACAGAUACAUUCCGUUGGCUGAGGCGAUCUCUGCCGGCAUCAUCGACGAUAUUCGCGGUAUGUAUAUCAUUCGUGAGUUAGACAAAGCGAUUAAUCUGCAAGAAGCGAGGAAGAAGGGUUUUAUCGUCACGUCGAAGACGUCUCUGUCGAUCGAGGAGUCAGUCAAAUGUUUCCUUUAUCGCGGAGACAGCGGCAAGUUCGCUGAUCCCGUUGCCAACGAGUAUCACGAUCUGCUUCAAGCAAUCAAUUCUGGCCUCAUAGAUCCCGAUACUACUGCUCUGAAGGAUGCGACGACUGGACAGAUCAAGUCACUGUUGGCAGGAAUUGAAGAUGGAACGGUCGAUGUGUCUCGAGGGAGAAUUUUGGAUCCAAAGACGACGCGCGCUUUUAAUAUCGAUGUUGCUUUAGAAAGAGGUUUGCUAGUCACGAUCGAUAAACCUCUGGCGCAACAGAUGAUACAUCGUUCGCCCUUGGAAACUUUCAAAGCCGGACCUGGCGAUAGAAGCGUCAAAGAAUGCACUCUAGAAGAAGCGAUCAAUUUCGAACUGAUUGAUCCAAACACGUCGGUUGUGAAAGAUCCUAGAACUGGUCGAUUCGUGACGACGACGAGAGCGAUAAAGGACGGUAUUGUGGAUCCAUCUGUUAAAGGCAUGAUCGAAUUGAAUGGCGGAGACAAAAGAGAACCGCGUUUUGUGCGUUUCGGUGAUGUCACUGUCUUUGUUAGGGAACCUCUCACCUUCGAGGAAGCUAUCGAAAAGGAAUAUCUGUCGCUGGAAUCGGGCAAAUUCACCGAUCCGAUCUCGAACGAACAAUUGACUCUCAAGGAAGCGGUCAGCCUCGGUAUCGUAGACUCUGAUUCGGCGUUAAUCAAAGAUUCGCAGAAAAAGAAGCUGGUAAAAUUGCCGGAAGCCUUCCGCAAGGGCAUGAUGGACGCGGAAAAGAGUAACGUGCUGGACACAGCCACGUCCAAAUUGUACAGUUUGUCCAAGGCUCUGGAGAUUGGUUUGUUGAUCACUCCGAAAAACGGCGUCUCGUUUAUCGAAGCGCUGCAGUUUGGUCUUUAUAAUCCGACCACAGGCAGUUUUCACGAUCCAUUUGUUGUCACUUCCGUAUUAGAUCGCAGACGUCUCACGUUGGCGAACACGAUCGAGUCGGGUUUGAUCGAUCCGUCCACCACCGUGAUUAAAGAUCCAUUUACGGGUAAUAUCGAGAGUUUGUUAGAGGCGGUGAAUAGCGGGAAGGUAGAUUCCGUGGGGGGCAGAUUAGUUGAAGACACGGACGGCAAGAGUAUCGACUUCGUGAAGGCCUUGGAACGAGGUUACAUACUCGCCGCUGAAGCCAGGCAAGCAGUGGAGGAAAAAUACAAGCUCUGUGACGAAAUGCUGUCUAAACUGUUGCAAUGGAUCUCCGAAGUUGAGGACAAGCUAGCGGACCAGGACACCGUGAAGGAAGAUGUUGAAGAGUUGAGGAAGCAGAUAAUUACCAUGAAAGACAUUAAGGAGGAUCUCGAGUCGCACAAUCGGCCCGUAUCAUCGUGUCUAGAUCAGAUUCGACAAGUCGUCUUGACUGGAGGCAACGUAUUGUCUAGCGAUGAAGUGUCCACGUUGGAGAAGAAUGGUCGGUCUCUCAAAACCCGAUUCGACAAGGCGUUAGAUCGCACUGAUAAAUUAGUGAAACGUCUCACUGGUGCUAGAGACGAAUUGACAAAGUUCAAGAAUGAACUGACAACAUUUUCAAUUUGGUUGGAUAAAACCAGAAAUAUUCUCGAAGAAAAGGAACGUUCUCUGUCCGAUCUGAACAAGCUGAGCAGUAGUACAGAUACAACUCGCGAUUUCAUUAGCGAUGUCAUCGCUCAUCAAGCAGAUCUGAGAUUCAUCACAAUGGCGGCACAAAAAUUCGUUGACGAGAGCAAAGAAUAUCUUCAAGUUCUCAACGAUUUCAGGACUAGUUUGCCGCAAAGAUUGCCGCACAAAGAGCCCACAGCUAGUCAAGAUUCGCCAGUACGAGCUGAGGUAUCCAGCGCAACAGCUCAGUACAAAGAUCUACUGUCCCGAGCAAAUCUUUUGUCAGAUAGAUUAUCGGGUGUCGGUGGUAAACAGAGAGAUUAUCAUGAUUCUCUGAAUAAGGCUCUAACGUGGUUGAGGGAAGUCGAACCGAAAGUACACAGAGUUAUCUCCGAGCCUGUCGCCGCCGAACCGAAACAAGUAGAGGACCAACUGAGUAAAACAAAGGCAUUGUACAACGAAUUCCUCGCUAAUGAGCGUUUAGUCGAUAAUGCUAAACACAGCGUUGAGGCUCUGUUGAAUUCUCUGGAAGGCCAACUAACGAUCAAAGAGGCUAACGACCUUGAAGAGCCGGUGAAGGCGUUAGAGGAUAAGUACAGACAACUCAGUAACGCCUUGGCUGAUAAAUGUCAAGAACUCGACACAGCACUUGUGAGAAGCCAAGGAGUACAAGAUGCAUUGGACAGUCUGGUUGCAUGGUUGAACAACAUUGAAAGUCAAUUUAAGUCGCUUCAACGUCCGGCAAGUUUGCAGAAGGAACGCUUGGAAGAGCAGCAAAGAGAGCAGCGAUUACUUCAGGCAGAUCUAGAUAGCCACCGCUUGAGCGUAGAAACUAUCACAAGAAACGCCCAGGAUCUUCUUUUAAAUUCCAGCAACGUUCGCAUCGCCAAACGUAUCGAGAGCAAAUUGAAAGAUGUACAAAGCAGAUUUGAGAAACUGAUGGACAAGUCUUUGAGACGCGGUGAAUUCUUAGAUGAAAUAGCACAAGCUCUGAACGAAUUUCUCGCUGACGUAUCCAAGUUUGAGAAUUGGUACGCGCACAUAAUGGAGGUUCUCGACUCGAGAGAUCUGGGCAAGUUAGAUAUGUCGGAAUACGAGGGCAAGAUGGCUCGAUUAAUAGACAUGCGAGAAGAUCAACGCGGAAACUUUGAAGAUCUCAUACGUAACGGCAAGAACUUGAUCUCGAAGAAGGAUAUAACCGAGCCCGGCGCGAUUAGAGAUAAGAUUAAGGCUCUCGAAUCUCAAUGGAAGGAAUUGAAUAAUCUGCUCGACGAGAAACAACGAUUGUGCAAGUCGAGGGCGGAACAACAUACGGCAUAUGAGAAACUGCGGGAUCAAGUACUUGAAUGGCUCACCCGUACAGAGAACAGAGUGCAAGGACUCGAACCGGUUGCUGUUGAUCUAGACAAACUAAAGAUACAACAGGAGGAGUUGAAACCCAUACAAAAGGAAUAUCGUGACUACGGCAACACUGUCGAUAAAAUCAAUGAUCUUGGUAUCGCGUAUGAUAGCUUGCUGAAGGAACGUGGCGAGAGUCCGACUCGUCGACGUGGUAGUACUAGCCCAACAAAGAGACCAGUACUGCGAAUGUCACAAGACGGUCGCUCACCGUCACCCACUAAAUCCUACGCAGUUCAAAGUCCGGUCUCCCCAGGUGGUAGCAGCGGAUUCAGCAGUCGCCGUUCGAGUCAAGAUGGUUUCCAUUUGGAAGAAUUAUCGCCGGUUCAACAGCAACUUUCGGAAAUUAAUCAUAGAUACGGAUUACUUGGCGUCAGACUAUCGGAUCGCCAAACAGAAUUGGAUAAUAUUAAGGAAGAAUUGAAGAAAUAUUUGGACCAUUUGAAAAUACUUUCUCAAUUUUUGGACAAGAUUCAGCGACAAUUGCCUAAAGAAAGUAUGCCUGCCACUAAAGACGAUGCGGACAAAACAAUCAAGCAGGUAAAGAUUCUCGUCGAAGAGAUGUAUGAGAAACAGUCUCUAUUAGACAGCACUCGAACGCAAGUACGUGAUUUAGUCAGACGCAAAAAAGGAGCAGACGGUGUGGAUAGAUUGAACGACGAGAUGGAAGAUGUUGUUAGUCGAUGGAAAUCGAUCUCGGACAAAUGCAAGGACAGAAUUAAAUUCUUGGAAGAUGUUAAAGACUUUUACGACACGUAUGAGAGUCUUGACGCUUGGCUUGGCGCUAAGGAACGUAUGCUGAGUGCUUUAGGACCUAUUUCGGCCGAUCCUCGUAUGGCUGCGAGUCAAAUGCAGCAGGUGCAAGUCUUGCGAGAAGAAUUCAGAACUCAACAGCCGCAAGCGGAUCAUCUGGUACAAGUCGGAGAAAGCAUUCUCAUUGCGGUAUCUAUAGAUUCUUCGGACGGACAGAAGAUAAACGCGAGAUUGCAGAGCAUUCGGCAAAGGUGGACGGAUCAAGUGAGAAGAUUGGACGAAAGAGCCCAGAGUUUAGGAGACGCCGCUGAUACUAGUCGCGAAUUCGAUGCCAGUCUUAACCGACUACGAAAUGCCCUGCAAGGAAUUUCAGACAAUUUGGACGAGUUAUCUCUCGAAAAGGAUCCUGAAGAACAGCUUCGUAAAAUCGAAAAUCUAGAGAGGCAAUUGGAAGGUCAAAGGCCGUUAUUAGCGGAUGUGGAGAUGGCUGGUGCGCAGUUGUGCGAAGUUUUGAGUGAUCCAGCAUCGAAAUCCGAAAUCCAAGGAAAGCUUGCCACAGUUGGCAAGAUGUACAACAACUUACAGAAGAAGUUAGAUCACAGAAAGGCUGAAAUCGAAGGCAAUCUUCGAGAUGGAAGGCAAUUUGAGGCUUCCUGUAGCAGAACUUUGGGAUGGCUCGCGGACGAACUUGGCAACAUGUCUGAAAAAUUACUCGUAUCUGCCGACAGAGAAGUUUUGCAACAACAACUUGAUCAUCACGAACCUGUAUACCGAAAUGUGAUGGGCAAAGAACAUGAAGUCAUAAUGCUGCUGAAUAAAGGACGCGAUAUACUUGCAAGAUCUCAAAAAACUGAAAAUCGCUCUCUCCAACGCGACUUGGAUAAAAUGCAAUCACAAUGGGACCGUUUAAAGAAGGACACCGUUGAAAGACACACCAGAUUGCAGACUUGCGCAGAGCAUUGCAAGAAAUAUUACAAAGCCCAAGAUGUGUUUCUUCCAUGGCUUCGACAGGCCGAAGAUAAAUUGGAUAGUUUAAUUCCCUCUUCCUUUAGACGCAAGGACAUCGAAAAGCAACUGAAGGAAUUAUCAUCGUUCAGGAACGAAGUGUGGAAACACUCUGGAGAAUUCGAGAAUAAUAAGAUGCUUGGCGAGACGUUUGUCAGUGCUUGCGACAUUGAUAAACAAAAUGUUAAAAAUGAACUUGGUGCUAUGAAAACUAGAUGGGAUAAACUAAAUAAUGACUUAAUAUCUAGGACGCAGUCCUUGGAAGAUACCGCACGUCACUUAAUGGACUUUAAUGAGAACUUGCGCGAUUUGCAGCAUAGUUUACAACGUUGCGAAGAUAAAUUAGCUUCGCAUGAUGCUCUUGGUGGAGCGGCUAAGGAUCCGAAACUUCUCGAUAGAAUAAAGAAUUUACGAGAAGAGACGACAAAUUUGAAGAAACCUUUACAAUGCGUGAGACAACAGGCUAACGAUCUCGUAAAUAAAGCUGGUGAGCAAGGCGUCGAUGCGACUCAUUUACAAGAUGAAAUUGAUAAUGUCACCGAUCGUAUCAAUGAUUUGCAAGCAAAAUUGGAUGACAGAUGCAACGAACUGCAAAGCGCAGCCACGGCGGUCGCGCAAUUCAAUGAUCAAGCGAAAUCGAUUAAUCAACAGCUGACCGCUCUCGAGAAAGAUCUAGAUUCCAUGAAGGCCCCCGGUAGGGAAAUUAAGAUUGUACGGGCCCAAUUGGAAGAUACUGCUAAAGUCAUCAGCAAAAUUAAUAAAUUGUACGAAGAAAUUGCUGAUCUGCAGAAUCGUGGUGAACGUUUGGUCGAUUACGGUUUCGCUGCUGAUGCUGUUGCAACCAGAGAUCAGGUCGACGGAUUUAAACGACAAAUUGGCAAGCUGGAUGAACGUGCGCGUACUAGAGAAGAUGAGCUCACUUCUACUUUGAAUAAAUUACAAGAAUUCUAUCAAUUGCACACGCACGUUCUAGAUGGUAUCAGUGACGCGAACGAACAUGUCAGAAGAUUCAAACCUGUUGGAUCCGAAGUGGAUUCGAUUAAGGCUCAGCAAGAAGACUUCCGGGCUCUUAAAAUUAACAAGAUGGAACCACUGGCGCAUGCUGUUGAUGGAUGUAAUGCGCUUGGUCAAGGUCUAAUACAAACUGCAGGACGAGAUGUCAACACUAGUAAUAUCGAGAAAGAUGUUGACAAAAUGAAUGAAAGAUGGAAUGAUCUGAAAGAUAGGUUGAACGAGCGAGAUCGCAAACUGGAUGUUGGAUUACUGCAAUCGGGCAAAUUCCAAGAAGCUUUGGAUGGCCUAGAAAAAUGGUUAACCGAUACGGAAGAAAUGGUUUCCAAUCAGAAACCACCAUCCUCAGAUUACAAGGUUGUGAAAGCGCAGCUGCAGGAACAGAAGUUCCUGCGAAAGAUGUUGUUAGAUCGUCAAAAUUCUAUGUCAUCUCUCUACAAUAUGGGACGGGAGGUAGCUGCCGAUGCUGAUUCGAAGGAACGUAAAGCCAUCGAGAAACAAUUGAACAAUUUAAUAGGUAGAUUUGAUAAUCUGACGGAAAGCGCCGCGGAAAGAAUGGAGGCUCUCGAGCAAGCUAUGGUGGUGGCGAAACGAUUCCAAGAUAAAUUGGUACCGCUUGCCAUUUGGUUGGACAAGACGGAAAAGAAAGUAAAGGAUAUGGAAUUGGUUCCAACCGAUGAGGAGAAGAUACAACAACGUAUCAGCGAGCAUGACAUACUUCAUGAGGAUAUUAUAUCUAAAACACCUGAUUUCAGCGAACUCACUGAGAUAGCCAGUCAAUUAAUGUCGCUCGUGGGCGAAGACGAAGCUAGUACAUUGGCUGAUAAACUUCAGGACGCGGCAGAUAGAUAUGCCGCUCUGGUCGAACGAUCCGAGGCUCUCGGCAGCUUGUUGCAACGUUCGAAACAAGGUUUGCGUCAUCUGGUUCUCACGUACCAAGAUCUACAAGCGUGGAUGGAAAGCAUGGAGAUUCGAUUAUCAAAAUAUCGUAUUUUGGCUGUACACACGGAGAAACUCUUACAACAAAUGGAAGAUCUUGCGGAUCUCACAGAAGAAGUCUCGACGCGACAAACGGAGGUUGACAGCACCGUGGAUUCCGGUCUGGAGUUGAUGAAACACAUCUCGAGCGAUGAGGCGCUUCAACUGAAGGACAAAUUGGACUCCCUGCAACGACGAUUUAAUGAUCUCGUCACGCGUGGCUCGGACCUUUUGAAACACGCCCAGGAGUCCUUACCGCUGGUGCAACAAUUCCAUGAUAAUCACAAUCGAUUGAUGGAUUGGAUGCAGGGUGCGGAAUCCGCUCUACAAUCUGCUGAACCUCGCGAGGAGGAGAUUAUCCGACUCGAGAUGGAAAUAUCAGAGUACAGACCUGUUUUGGACAAGAUCAAUGCAGUGGGCCCGCAGUUAUGUCAAUUAUCACCAGGAGAAGGUGCCGCGACUAUCGAGGGUCUUGUAACCAGAGACAACAGACGAUUUGACGCGAUUGCUGAACAGAUUCAGAGGAAAGCGGAGAGAAUUCAGUUAAGCAAGCAGCGGUCCUUGGAAGUAAUUGGCGACAUUGACGAUCUGCUCGACUGGUUCAGAGAAGUGGAUAAUCAACUCCGAGAGGCAGAACCGCCUAGCAGCGAACCUGAGAUUAUUAGAGUACAACUGAAAGAGCAUAAAGCGCUCAAUGAUGAUAUAUCUAGUCAGAAAGGCAGAGUUCGAGAUGUCAUAUCGACGGCGAAGAAAGUAAUACGCGAGAAUGCUCAACACGAAGAUACAUCUACGAUCAGAGACAAGAUGGAAGAUUUGCGAGAAACAAUGGAAAUUGUAUCAAGCCUAUCGACAGACAGAUUGGGAGCUUUGGAGCAGGCUCUACCGCUAGCCGAGCAUCUUCGUGACACCCACGCUGGUCUGGUCAGUUGGCUCGAAGAAGCAGAACAACAAGUCGCUAUGUUACCCAUGCCCGCUUUGCGACCUGACUUAAUAGCGGCGCAGCAGGACAAGAACGAGCUUCUCAUACAGAGCAUCAACGAGCAUAAACCUCUGGUAGAGAAGCUCAACAAGACCGGCGAAGCUCUCAUUAAAUUAUGCAAUGAAGAGGAAGGUUUGAAGGUACAGGACAUUCUGGAAAACGAUAACGCUCGCUAUGCAGCAUUGAGAGCCGAAUUGAGAGGCCGGCAACAGGCCCUGGAACAAGCGCUGCAAGAAUCCUCGCAGUUUUCCGAUAAAUUGGAGGGUAUGUUGCGCGCACUGUCUUCCACCGCUGAUCAGGUGAACGGCGCUGAGCCUAUUAGCGCUCAUCCGCCUCGUCUGCGCAAUCAAAUGGAGGAGAAUGCGGCUUUGGCAGACGAUCUCGCUCAGCGAUCCGAAGCUUACGCAGCCGUCAGAAAAGCUGCGGACGAUGUGAUCAGCAAGGCCGGCAGCAGGGAUCCAGCAGUAAAGGACAUCAAACGUAAACUGGACAAGCUCAACAAAUUAUGGUCCGACGUGCAGAAAGCUACGAACGAUCGCGGUCGCACUUUGGAUGACACUUUGACGGUCGCCGAAAAGUUUUGGGCCGAGUUGAAUGGAGUUAUGGCAACUCUGAGAGAACUGCAAGAUGCACUCGCUGGACAGGCACCGCCAGCAGCUCAACCGGCUGCCAUCGAACAACAGCAAGUUGCGUUGCAAGAAAUUAGGCAAGAAAUUGAUCAGACCAAGCCGGAUGUCGAACAAGUCAGAGCAUCGGGACACGAAUUAAUGGGCUUGUGCGGCGAGCCAGAUAAACCUGAAGUCCGAAAACACAUCGAAGAUUUAGACCAGGCUUGGGACAACGUCACCGCUCUGUACGCUAGACGUGAAGAAAAUCUGAUCGAUGCCAUGGAGAAGGCGAUGGAGUUCCAUGAAACGCUGCAGGAUCUGUUAGAAUUUUUGAAAGAGGCCGAGAUCAGAUUCGAAAACAUGGGUCCGCUCGGCAGUGACAUCGACGAAGUGAAGAGGCAAAUUAAGCAGCUGGCCAACUUCAAGGCCGAAGUGGAUCCACAUAUGGUGAAGGUCGAGGCGUUGAACAGGAGUCUGACAAGGCAAGCGGCUGAAUUAACGGAAAGAACCUCUUCCGAACAAGCAGCAGCGAUCAAGGAACCGCUUGGUGACGUAAACAGACGAUGGGACGGACUAUUGAGAGGUUUGGUGGAGAGGCAACGAUUACUGGAAAACGCAUUAUUGCGACUCGGUCAAUUCCAGCACGCCUUGGACGAGUUGUUGGUGUGGAUCGAUAAAACCGACACUACUUUGGAUAAUCUCAGGCCAGUAGCGGGCGACCCACAGGUGAUCGAAGUCGAGUUGGCCAAGCUGAAAGUUCUAGUGAACGACAUACAGGCUCAUCAGACGAGUGUUGACACCUUGAACGAUGCCGGACGUCAAUUAAUCGAGGAUGGCAAGGGUACCGCGGAGGCGUCUACUACAGCCGAUAAGCUAGGAACGCUGAAUCGUCGUUGGCGGGAUCUACUACAACGCGCCGCCGAUCGUCAGCGAGAAUUGGAGGACGCCUUACGAGAGGCACAAUCCUUUACCGCUGAAAUACAGGACCUGCUCUCGUGGUUGGGCGAUGUUGAUAGUAUGAUAGUAGCUUCUAAGCCUGUUGGUGGAUUGCCGGAGACGGCAUCUGAACAACUGGAACGUUUCAUGGAAGUGUAUAACGAGCUGGAGCAAAAUCGACCAAAAGUCGAGACAGUGCUGCAACAGGGGCAGGAGUACCUAAAGAAAGCGGAUACAACCAGUGCCGGUGGAUUGAACCAUAAUCUGCGAACAUUGAAACAGAAAUGGGAUAACGUACUGGCACGCGCAAGCGAUAAAAAGAUCAAAUUGGAAAUUGCUCUGAAGGAAGCCACCGAGUUCCACGACGCGUUACAGGCCUUCGUCGAUUGGUUGACCAAUGCCGAAAAGAUUCUGACGAAUCUCAAACCCGUCUCGAGGGUCAUGGAGACUAUACUUCAACAAAUCGAAGAACACAAAGCGUUCCAGAAGGAUGUCGGCGUUCAUCGCGAGACCAUGUUGAAUCUCGAUAAAAAGGGAACUCAUCUCAAAUACUUUUCUCAAAAACAGGAUGUGAUUCUUAUCAGGAACUUGCUCGUUAGUGUGCAACACAGAUGGGAACGUGUCGUCUCCAAGUCAGCCGAGAGAACGAGGGCUCUGGAUCAUGGUUACAAGGAAGCUAGAGAGUUCCACGACAGUUGGUCGAACUUGAUGUAUUGGUUAGAUGAUACCGAGAAGACAUUGGACGAAGUCGCUGCUGAUGGGCUUGGUGGCAACGAUCCGGAUAGAAUUAAAUCACGCCUCAAUAGACACCGCGAGAUACAGAAGGCUUUGAGUGCUAAACAAGGUACGUACGAUACCACUAUGAAGAAUGGCAAAAUGUUGAAGGACAAGGCGCCGAAGACCGACGAGCCUGCUUUGAGGGAACUGUUGAACGAGUUGAAAAACAAGUGGACCACGGUCUGCGGUAAAUGCGUCGAUCGACAGAGGAAAUUGGAAGAAGCCUUAUUAUUCUCUGGACAAUUCAAGGAUGCGAUUCAAGCGCUGCUAGAAUGGCUGAGCAAGACCGAGAAAUACUUGGCCAACACCGGACCGUUGCACGGCGAUCUAGACACGGUGACCAAUCUAAUGGAACAGCAUAAGACCUUCGAGAGAGAUCUGGAAUCUCGUGCCUCGCAGAUGGAGUCUGUCAUCAAGACCGGUCGCGAGUUAGAGUCUAAGGCUUCCAUCGAAGACGCGUCGAUGAUUCGAUCGCAGUUGUCCGAAUUGAACAGUCUCUGGGACAGAGUGACCAGUCUCUCGUUGAAGAAGUCCUCACAACUGGAAGAAGCUCUCAGGGAGGCUGAACGACUUCACAAAGCCGUGCACGUGUUGUUAGAAUGGUUGAGCGACGCGGAGAUGAAGUUACGAUUUGCUGGUCCGCUGCCGGAGGAUGAGCAAGAAAGUAGAAACCAAGUGAUGGAACACCAGAGAUUCCUUCGCGAGUUACAGUCUAAAGAAAUUGAGAAGGAUCAUACAUUAGAGUUGGCGCAUAUUAUUCUUGGAAAGGCGCAUCCCGAUGGUGCCGCUGUUAUCAAACAUUGGAUUACGAUUAUUCAAUCGAGGUGGGAAGAAGUGGCGACCUGGGCUUAUCAAAGGAAUCAAAGACUGGAGAACCACAUGCAGGGACUGCAAGAUCUUGACAAUCUUCUCGAGGAGUUAUUAGCCUGGCUCGAAGGUUUGGAGAACACUUUGAACAUCUUGGAAGCGGAACCGUUGCCCGACGACAGGGCUACGCUUGAGAUGCUUAUCGCAGAUCACAGAGAGUUUAUGGAGAACACCAGUCGAAGGCAAAACGAAGUCGAUCGCGUCUGCAAGGCCCGACAAAUUAAGCCGAUUAAGGACGCGAGAAAAAUAUCGAAAGUUAAAUCGCCUGCGCCUACUAAGGAUCUCUAUCAGGAUAGCGAGCAUGAGCAGCCUCAGCCUCGUAAACAAAGCCGAGGCAGCCCAGGUCGUGACAGAACACCAGAUCUUUCGUUGCCACACAUCGGUCCACGCUUCCCGCCUAAAGGAAGCAAAGGAGCAGAACCGGAAUUCCGUAGUCCGCGAGUCAAGCUACUCUGGGAUAAGUGGCGUCACGUUUGGAUGCUGGCGUGGGAACGACAACGUCGUCUUCAGGACAAGUACAAUUAUAUCCAGGAGCUGGAUCGCGUUGCUAACUUUAGCUGGGAAGAUUGGCGCAAGCGUUUCCUAAAAUUCAUGAAUCACAAGAAAUCCAGACUGACCGAUUUAUUCAGGAAAAUGGACAAAAACAACGAUGGACUUAUACCGAGGGAGGACUUUAUUCAAGGAAUUAUGAACACGAAAUUCGAUACUUCUCGUCUGGAGAUGGGUGCUGUUGCUGAUCUCUUCGAUCGUCAUGGCGAGGGCUUGAUAGAUUGGAAAGAGUUCAUCGCCGCUCUACGACCCGAUUGGGAAGAACGACGAACUUAUAACGAUACAGACAAAAUACAUGACGAAGUUAAGCGGCUGGUUAUGUUGUGCACGUGUCGUCAGAAAUUCCGUGUCUUCCAAGUUGGCGAAGGAAAAUACAGGUUUGGUGACAGCCAGAAGUUGCGAUUGGUCCGAAUUUUACGUUCCACAGUCAUGGUACGUGUUGGUGGAGGCUGGGUGGCGCUAGAUGAAUUCCUUUUGAAAAACGAUCCUUGUCGCGUUUUUCUAAUGCCAAUACCGGAUCCUAACAAACCGGAACAACAUGAGGGUUGGUGUCCGCUCGCCAAGGGAAGAACGAAUAUCGAGCUGCGGGAGCAAUUCAUUCUGGCGGAUGGUGUUAGCCAAACCAUGACGGCCUUCCGAUCCAAACCGAGUCCGACUUCGACGCUGCAGCGUACUCCGAUAUCUUCCACCAAUGCUGGACCGAUCACCAAGGUGAGAGAACGCAGUGCUCGCAGCGUACCUAUGGGUCAAACACGAGCCUCGCGCUCAUCCUUGAGUGCCGGCACCCCGGACAGCCUUAGCGACAACGAAAGUUCCUUCAAAAUAUCUAGGAAAUCCAGCACGCCUUAUAGAUCUACUGUGACGCCCGGUGGUAGCCGUCCAUCUAGCAGGCCAGCCUCAAGACCUGCCUCCCGACCUGCUAGCAGACCUAGUAGUCGACCCGCAUCGAGACAAGGAAGCAAGCCACCCAGUCGAUAUGGAUCAACGCAGUCGCUGGAUGAUGAUUCGGGCACUCCGAGUCGCAUUCCGCGAAGAACCGUUGUGGGUGGCUCCAGCAAUACACCGACGUCCAGUAGACAUAACAGUAUAUCCGGUAGGAAACUUACGACCCCGAUGAACGGUUCAAGCUCCCGACCCCGUACCCCGACAGGAUUGAUUAGUCCCGCCAGCGGGGUGCCUUCCAGGUUUGGCUCAAUCCAUAGAGCUUCAAGCAUUCCAACCCUGACUGGUGUCGGAACACCUAUCAGCCGCUCUAGGAUACCUGUGUAUGUGGGAGUGGAUAUAAAAUCUCCUCAGUCGACCACCAGCAAUAUGUCGACUCAAAGCAACCAUUCUACGAUUUCUACUGAUUCCACUGGGAGCAGCUCUGUGUGUACAAAUUCAGCAACUAACAUACCAACAGCCAUUAAACAAACUAGGGUACGCACGCCGUCCAGUGGAUCCAGCACGCCGCUACCACCGUCUUCGAAAUUAUCGAGGAAACCCUCCGGAGCUUCCGACACAUCCGUGUCGGGGACGACCCCGAGUACACGAAAGGGAAAACCCACGCCGAUCGAACAACGCGCGCCGUUCCGAUUAUAAGCUUAUUAACGGAUACAUGUAGCUUAUGAAAAAAUUGCGUAUUAUAUAUAUUGUAUGCCUGAGCGAGAAAAUUAUAUAUAAAUAUAAAAAUGUCCCCGUCGCAAAUUAAAAAAUGGCCGCAUGGUAUUACAGGGAACAUACGAAUAGUUAUUGUGUAAGAUGAGAGAGGAUAGUGAGUGUGUAAUAUACGAAUGCCAAAUUAACUUGAUCAAAAUUUCACAUAGGCAAAUGAGGAAUAUAGAAAUUAUACGAUAUGAUCUUUACAUUUCGUUGAAUUUUCACUAAGUACUGAAUGCCAUUAAAAUUAUAUAAAUUAUACCAAUGAGUAUUCGAUACUCUCUUAGGGGGUAAGGGGGAUUGCAAACAGUUGGGGAAAUAUAUUUAUUUUGUGCCCGCGUUAUAUAGAGAAGAGUGCUUAAAGCGUUAUAUUUAGAUUAUAAUAAUCCACAGUGACAUAAAUUAUUGUUAUACCUAAAUCUUGGUAUUACCGAAAGUGCAGGGUAAUGCUUUAUAAUUGAAAAUAUUUAGGCAAGAUACAAUAAUAUCUUCGCCAGCUUUCUCGAUAAGGACAAUACUAUACUGAAAAGAUUUUAACGUAAAAAAAAAAGAAAUCAGCGAUAUACUAUAUAUGUAUUAUAAUUACGCUUAUUGUGUUUUUCAAGUAUAAUUAGUUACCUGUAACUACUUUUAUAAUUUAGCAUAGUUUGCUCAUUUGUCGCACGCAUACCUUUGCGUGUUUUAUAUGUCGUGUAAAACCAUCGAGGGGUUCUCCCAAUGAGAUUUUUGACUUCUGAUAUUGGGCAAAUUGUAUACUUGAAGACAUUAAUUUAUUUAAUAUUUUUGCUUGACUUAUAUUUGUAUUAAUAUUAUACGACGAAUAAGUAACAUCUAAUGCGCAUUUGUUAAAAACAAAAUAAAUUGUGUAUGCGGUUUUAGAUUCUGAUA